AUGUCCUACCCAUCGCGUCCACGCUCUGCUUCUCGCGCCUCGACGAUACCAAAGGGGAUUGAACCAUGGUGCUUGUUGACAUCGGAAACUCAACCUGCCGCAGGCCUCUUCCAAACAGCACUGAUUGAUCCGUUCUCGUCUGACAAGAAUCUGCAAUACCGACUCGCUCAUGUAUGGGGGCAAAGAGGAUUGGACCUGUGUCUCGAUAGACCAUCAAAUGUGUUCCACCUGCGCUUAGACAUGGUUUCAGCUUUCGAAAGUGGCUCAUGGGCCAUCCUCCCGAGCAUCGAACUUCUAAGGCAAAUUCUUGACGAUGUUAAAGCUCAUAGGUCGCUUCCUUAUUCUAAGCGGCCCAACUGGCGCGAGGUUCACCCUCGUGCUGUUCGCGACUACCAGUUCAUCCCGCUACGAUGCCUGACAGAGCCAAUCUCUUUCGUGCGUCGCCAUCAUCCACAUGUCGCGAAUUAUGUCGAACACCUUUCUCCAUACGACACCGUCCCUCUUCUACGUUGUCACGUGCAUCCUUACCCCGCCAUCGUGAAUGCGAUGAUGAAGUUCCUCCAGUUCCCUCUCCACGAGCUCCCAGAUCGCUAUCAAGAGGCAAUAGAACUUACACGGAAAAUCUGGGAUUGUUGGAUGUCAGAAAGGGUCCCUGGCCCACCUCUGAACUCUGGCCACCGGCGUGCUGCUGCACGAGGAAUACCUGUUUCGAACCCAGCUGCACCUCCUUUUUCUUGGUCUCCGCCGUCAACGUCAAUGCCCCCCUCAACCUCAGUCUCCCCGGACUCUCGGGCCGCGCAUAUCUGCAGUCGCCCGAAAUACUGCUCCGACGACGUCUUCGGCCGAUGCUAUAACAAACCCAGACGUGAUCCGCCUGUUCCAGUCUCUCAGAUGCACCUGCCUCAUCACCGUGUGUUGACGGAACCAGAGACCGCGAUGACGACUGUGUCUUGUUCGCGUAGUCGCGUCGGAGCACCUCCUCCAGGAGGGGCCCAUUGGUGGCCGGAUGAGCACCUCACUCCCUCCUGCGUAGAGUCCGUAACUUCUGGUAUCGUUUACGAACGCGACAACGAGCAGGUCUUCCUUCGCUACGAUGUCAUGGACUCGAGCUUCGAAGGUACUGAGUUUUCGUACGUUCCACUCGACAAUUCCCUUUAUCAACCUCAGCUACAAGCCCUCCCGGCGCCUGCACGCAGAGGCAAAAACCCCGUCCCUGAGCCUUCGUACUUGCAUUUCCUGAAUGGCUGUGGGAAUCGUCGCGACGUCCGAGCAUGGACUCGGAAGCAAAGACGCUACCAGCCUGUUGCCGACAAGGCGGAUGCUUCCUUGAGGAAGUACAGAUCCGAACCCUCUCGCGCCGUACCUUCUUCCUCUCCGUGGACGUGGCAGCCGGGCAGUCUCCCCGUCUGGCCGAAAUGGGCCGUAAAAAAGCGAGCGGAGGAGGUCGCGAAGAUGUUCAAUGACCAGUCGCCACUGUUGUGGGAGCGGACAUCGGGCUGAGGCUACCCUGCUCGCAUUGGUCCCUACCUUCACCACGAUUGCAGACCCUGCUCUCUACCGCUUUGUGAUCACAUGCGCUCGUAGAAUACCUCUCUCGAACCCUCCUGCUGUCGGUCCUUGCUGCCCUCCGACACUUCCCUCAUCGGAGCAUACCUUUGACUGUGGAGCCCACUCCCAUGUCCGACCUGGGUCUGUCUGACAUCCUGCCUGACUCAGGGCUAGAGAUUGCUGCAGCAACCGCCUCUGGUCUACGUCGUCUCAUCUGCUCACGUACUCAGUCCAUCGUCCUCACCCCAAUGCCUCUUCCUCGCG